UCUGGUGACGUCAUUUUGGCGCGUUCUUCUUGCCGCGCUGCUGCCAGGAGCGCACUUUCACUCCGCUCUUCAAAGUCUCGCUUUUCGCUCGUAAAGACCGGUUUAAAACAAACACAAAAAAAUAAUAAUAACAAAAUAAAAAAGAGGAGAAGAUGACCCGUCUGAUCAACUCCAUCGUAGCCGUCUGUCCGAACAUGGGGAUCGGUAAUAAUGGGAAACUUCCCUGGCAUCCGAUAAGAUUGAGCAAAGAGUUCAAACAUUUCCAGAGGAUGACAUCCACCCCAUCAGUAGAAGGAAAGUGCAACGCUGUUAUCAUGGGACGGAAAACCUGGCACUCUAUUCCGGAGAAGAACAGGCCACUUAAAAAUCGAAUAAAUAUUGUAUUGAGCAGAGAACUUAAGGAAGUGCCAGAAGGUGCCCAUUACCUGGCUCCUGACUUGGACUCUGCACUGGCUCUGCUGGAUUCAUCCGAUCUGCAGGACAAAGUGGACCUUGUGUGGAUAAUCGGCGGCAGUGCUCUCUAUAAGGAGGCCUUGGAAAGCCCGGCUUCACAUCGUUUAUUUGUGACUCGUAUUCUUCAAGACUUUGACAGUGAUACCUUCAUACCCGAGAUAAACUUGAACAAGUUCAAACUGCUUCCUGAGUUCCCUGACGUUCCUGCAGACAUUCAAGAAGAGAACGGGAUCCGUUUUAAGUAUGAGGUGUAUGAAAGAAUAUCCCCCGUUUAAUGGAAAGGAAAUCUAUGUAGAUGAACAGGUGAAUUUUUUUGGCAUGUGUGAAACAGCUAAAGAUCGAAUUCCAUGUAAUCUCAAAAAUAACGUUUAAAAAAAGAAUGAAAUUGGUGUAAGAAUCUUUAAGAAUCGCUGCAUUACUUUGAAGUCCUCUUUAGAUUCCCUCUGCCUUUCCCAACUUGGGCUGUUGCACUUGACCAGAGUUGCAACAAUUCAAGCCUCAUAGAUUUUAUGGGCACGUCAGAGGCGGAGUAUUGUAGGAACUGAUGCUUCAUCUCGUCGUUGAGACUCAUCCUGUGUAGAGCGCAGACUAGGGGUGCAAUAGGAUUAUUUCCUUGGGCCUGUGUAAGCACCCACAACACAAGCUCAUCAGCAUCCAGGGUCAAGCAACCCGCCCACCUGACACACUAUCCUCCAGAGUUGCCACCGCCCAGUGAUGACCAAUUCCACUCCAGUUGACACAAUGGAGCAGAGGUAGAGUUGCUGCCUUACAGCUCCAGAGACCCGGGUUCGAUCCUGACUAUGGAUGCUGUCUGUCCGGAGUUUGAACGUUCUCCCUGUGACCGUCUUGGUUACCCAGGGUGCUCCGGUUUCCUUCCUCACUCCAAAGACAAAUAGGUUGGUAGGUUAAUUGGCUUCAGUAAAGAUUGUAAAUUGUCCCUAGUGUGUAGGAUAGUGUUACUGUACGGGGUGAUCGUUGGUCAGUACAGACGCUGUGGGCUGAAGGGCCUGUUUCCGCUCUGUAUCUCUAAACUAAACACACUAGGGACAAUUUUACAUUUAUACCAAGCCAAUUAACCUACAAACCUACACGAGUGUGGAGGGAAACGGAUCUCGGAGAAAAUGCAUGCAGUCACGGAGAGAACGUACAAACUCCGUACAGACAGCACCCGUAGUUGGGAUCGAACCCGGGCUUCCAGCACUGCAAAUGCUGUAAGGCAGCAACUCUACCGCUGCGCCAUCGUGCCAACCAAUAGUUGAUUCUCCUGACUUUAUUUCCUAACAAAUGAGUGCAUCUGAAUUGAUAAUUGGUAAGGAUACAAGGAUACAAAGGACAUUUAUUUUCACAUACACCAAUUGGUGUAGUGAAAUUUGACUUGCCAAUGCAACACACAAAUAAAGAUAAGACACAACAUUAAAGAAUUUAACAACAUAAAAACAUCCCCCCACAAUGGUUCCCACUGUAGGGGAAGGCAGCAUGGUCCAGUCCCAUCCCCUGUUCACCCAUAGUCGGGCCUAUUGUGGCCUCCGCAGCCAGUCCGAUGUUUUCAGGCCCUCUUGCCGGAAAGCUGGAACUCCGGCGUCGGGUCACUUUGGUCAGAGAAUUGGCACGCUAUUUUCAGAUUCAGCUGCACGCAGGGAGAGAGGGAGUGACCCUUUAUGUAAAGGACAAUGUAGGUGAACAGGCUGUGUGAACCCUCGAAGAUCAGUGAUUAUCAGCAAAUGGCUACAAAACAUCUCACUGUGAGCAGACACAAAAUGCUGGAGUAUCUCAGCAGGACAGCAGCAUCUCUGGAGAGAACAAAUGGGUGAAGUUUCGGGUCGAGACCCUUCUUCAGACUGAUGUCAGGGGAGCGGGCCGUAUUCCUACAUGUCUCACUGUGGGUUCCAUUUGUAAAGUGACCCUUAUUAUUGAUCUUUGUUUCAUUCGUCAUCUCGUGUCAUCAUUUAAGGAUGAAAUGUGGGAAAGAGUUAAUUCUGUCAAACCUGCUGCGUUUUGGAGAGGUGACAUUAUCUUUGUUAUUCCUGCAUUCUUUGAAAUGUCAGCAUUGAAUCCUUGCGAUUUUCUUUUUCUCUCUGCUCAGCGAAUUAAACAUUGACUUAAGGCAAUAA